UGCUACAGCAGCUCCUAAUCACCCUGCCCAUGGAGGCCAGCACCUGGGUGAAGUUGCGCCAUCCAAAGAAGGCCAAGGAGGGGGCGCCCCUGUGGGAGGAUGUGACUAAGAUGUUUGAAGGAGAAGUGAGGAAAUUUGAAUCAAAUGAGAGACCUGUCCAGGCACUUCUUGGCUAGGUCAGAAGUAGAAGGCAGCAGGGAAAGCACCAGGUGAGCCUGGAGUAUCUUGUGCUAGAAAGCAAGGAAGAGUCCAAAGACUGAUGGACAUGUACCAGCAAGAUGGCAAGUUUGGAGAAACUUAGGACUGUUAAGUAUACAGAUUGAUUGUAACACCUUGAAUAAAUAUAAUUCCAUAAGUUCAUGAUGACACUUAAAAUAGAGAAAGGAGGAAGACUCAUUAACCAACAGUGGUGGUGAUUCAUAUGCUGAUUUCUCACUUUGGAAAUAAAUUAUUAUGGGAACGAAGAAUGCAUUUACCUUGCGUUUUAGAUCAUUUGCAAUUGCUGAGGGAAAGCUUUUUACAGAAAAUAUCUGCCAAUAAAAAGAGUAGAAGGAAUGAUAAGCUAUUUUACUAUAAAUGAAAUAAUUGAAAAGCUAAUGGGGCAGGGUAUUCACAGGGUGCCAAAGUAUUGCCCCCAUAAAUUACUUGCUAAAUUCUAAGGAAAGAACAUUCUUUUCCAAUGGCGAUAUCUGGUGGUCACUGUCUUUUUUUUUUUUUUUUUUUAAGAUUUUAUUUAUUUACUUAAGAGGGAGAGGAAGAAGCAGACUCCUCACUGAGCAGGAGUGAGUAGUGGGGCUUGAUCCCAGGACCCUGGGAUCAUGACCUGAGCCAAAGGCAAAUUCUUAACCAUCUGAGCCACCCAGGUGCCCUUGGUGGUCACUCUCUUAACCAAAUGUGUCAAUGAUGGGAUAACCUCACAUUUUGUGUCUUCUGGGUAGUGUAAUAAAAAGCACAUUAGUAUCACUCAUGAAGAAUUCCUGCCAAAAUAUUUAACCUGGUCCUAAAUUGAGCUUAAAGGCUGAACUUCUGGCUUAAAGAAAAUACAGGGGAUUGACAAGGUAAACCUUAAGGUAAGGACAAUGAUUUAUUUGCCUUAAUUCCUAGUUCAUAUUUUUAAUAGCUAAAUUCAGCCAGUAUUGGAAUUCUAGCAACCUGGCAGGGUGUUAUGCUUAACACUUUAGCAGAUAGAAAAAAAAAAUGAACCAGAUAGUUUCUACCCAUAUAUUCAUACUAAUAUUCAAUUGAGGAAGAUAAUUAUAUAAAUAAAUAUAACAGGAGGCAGUCUGAGAUCGAUAUCUAAGCCGAGAUAAAAACAAGCUUUGGAAGAGUACAGGGAAGAGGAGGCUUUCUUUUCAUUAAGAGUGUUUGAGAAAACUUCACCUGAACCGGUCCAGAAGGAUAUCUCAGUUUUUCACCAAGUAGGAGGUAUGUUCAAAGAAGGGUGACUGGGGCUAUGUGGGUGGGUGAGUCCAGUGGAUGAAGAAGGGUAGAGAAACAACAAUGGACUGGUCAUGGAGGAUCUUGAAAUCCAUGGGAAAGUAUUUGGAUUUUUCUUUCUUCUCAGUGGGGAAGCUUUGAGGAUUUUUGAACAGAGGAGUGGCCCAGUAGAUCUGUGCUUCUGGACCAGUGUUGACCAUUGGGGAGUAUUAAUGCCCAAAGCAGUGCACUGUAGCUCCUUUUCAUUAAGGAGGCUCCAGUCUGCUCUCAGUUGCUCUAAGUGUCCCUCUCUGUGAAUGUUUUGAGAGAGGAGCUGUGUUCAGCAGGUCUGCAAGCUGUUUUUCUAUUUGGGAAGAUGUAAACCUCAUGGCUCUUCUCCUAUCUCAGUUUUGCUCUCUCAGGAUGUUGAUGAGACCCAGGGAGAAAGUCUCAAGGACGAAGUCACCUCUAGGCCCUCGACAGUGGAAUCUCAGGGACUAUUGACCUUCAAGGACAUAUCUGUGGACUUCACCCAGGAGGAGUGGGGGCAACUGGCCCCUGCUCACCGGAAUCUAUACCGGGAGGUGAUGCUGGAGAACUAUGGGAACCUGGUCUCUGUGGGAUAUCAGCUCUCCAAACCUGGUGUGAUUUCCCAGUUGGAGAAAGGAGAAGAGCCAUGGCUGAUCGAGAGAGAGAUUUCAGGAAGUCCAAGUUCAGACUUGGAGAAUAAAACAGAAACCAGGGAGUCAACCUUAAAGAAUGAUAUUUCAGGGGAAGAAUUACACCAUGGCCUAAGGAAGGAACAGUCCACAAGAAGAAGCACCAUAUAUUCCACAUUGGGAAGAGUCUCCAAAUGUGAUAAGUUAGAAAGCCACCAGGAAAACCAAGGAAUGGGUGAGCGGCAGAUCCCCUUGACCCACAAGGAAACACUCACCCAGGAGAGAGGCCGAGAAUCUAACAGAUUUGAGAAAAGUAUUAAUGUGAGCUCAAAAGUUAUUCCUGGACAAGAAGGUCCUCCAAGAAAAAAAGACCAUAAAUAUGAUAUAUCUAGAAAGAAAAGUAGAUACAAUUUAGAUUUGAUCAAUGAUUCAAGGAGUUAUACAAGAAUGAAAACUUUUGAAUGUAAUAUUUGUGAAAAAAUCUUCAAACAGCUCAUUCACCUUACAGAACACAUGAGAAUUCAUACUGGAGAGAAACCUUUCCGAUGUAAAGAGUGUGGAAAAGCCUUUAGCCAAAGUUCAUCCCUUAUUCCACAUCAGAGAAUCCAUACUGGUGAGAAACCCUAUGAAUGUAAGGAAUGUGGGAAAACCUUCAGACAUCCAUCAUCUCUUACUCAACAUGUUAGAAUCCAUACUGGGGAGAAGCCCUAUGAAUGUGGCAUAUGUGAGAAAGCAUUCAGCCAGAGCAUUGGGCUGAUCCAGCACCUGAGAACUCAUGUUAGAGAUAAACCUUUCACCUGCAAAGAUUGUGGAAAAGCAUUUUUCCAGAUUAGACACCUUAGGCAACAUGAGAUUAUUCAUACGGGUGUGAAACCCUACAUUUGUAAUGUAUGCAGUAAAACCUUCAGCCAUAGCACGUACCUAACUCAACACCAGAGAACUCAUACUGGGGAAAGACCAUAUAAAUGUAAGGAAUGUGGGAAAGCCUUUAGCCAGAGAAUUCAUCUUUCUAUUCAUCAGAGAGUCCACACGGGAGUGAAACCUUAUGAAUGCAGUCAUUGUGGGAAAGCUUUUAGGCAUGAUUCAUCCUUUGCUAAACAUCAGAGAAUUCAUACUGGAGAAAAACCUUAUGAUUGUAAUGAAUGUGGAAAAGCCUUCAGCUGUAGUUCAUCACUUAUUAGACAUUGCAAAACACACUUAAGAAAUACCUUCAGCAAUGAUAUGUGACAUGUUCAACAUCAAAGAAUCCUCAUAAUGGAACAAAAGCCUCUAAAUCAGAGGUUUUCUGACUUUUGGAUUUCAAGAAGCAAUGAAUUUUUUUAACGACUUGAUCCAAUGUUACAACUAUCAGUUUUGCCAUAUUAAAGAAAGUACCUUUUACCAACAUUGCUUCAGAAAAGAAAGGGCAUUUUAAUAUUUUUAAAUAUAGGAAGGAUGUAAUCAUUAGGAAUAAUACUUAACAUUGAAUUAAGUUAGCUUUAUGAAAAUCUCCCAAAUUUGUCUUUAUUUUUCUCAUUUCAUUAUGGGCCAGUGAAAAGUUCAUCAUGCCAAAUUAUUGAUACUUGGAUUGGCUUUUGAGAAUCACUGUUUUAAUAUCCCUUAAAUAAUCAGAAUAAAAUAUAAAGUAUAAUUUUUUACUAUAGACCUUUAUAUGGCUAGAAGAGGUAUAAAAAAAUACUGGUUGGCUCAUUUCUAGAAGAAAUAAUGUAAAGGAACCUUUCUAGAAUUGAUAGAUAACCUACUACACAUGAAAUAACUUAAGUAUAUUUUAUGGUUUCUUGUAGAGAAUUGGCAAACUUUUCAUAAAGGGCCAGAUGGUAAGCAUGUUAGGUAUUGUGGGUCAUAUGUGGGUCAUAUUGUGGGUCAUACUGUCAGACCACUCAACUCACAAUGUUAGUGCAAAAACAUCCAGAGAGACCUAUAAACCAGGGUAUCUCAGCCUUGGCACUGCUGAUAUUUUGGGCCAGAUGUUUUAGGCAGCUGUCCUGUGCACAACAGAGGGUUUAGCAGUAUCUCUGGCCACAAGUUGCCAGUAACAGAUGCCAAUAGUGUCCCCCCUGCCCCGUAACAACCAAAAAUGUCUCCAGAUGUCGCUAGAUGUGCCCUGGGGGUCAAGAUUGUACUCAUGAAGUACUUGAAAACCAUUGACCUAAAUGAAUGGGUGUAGCUCUGUUCCAAUAAACAGUAAACUUCAUGCAAAAAAUUGGUGUUUGGUU